AUGUCGGUCGGCGAUAUCCUUGGUAUCGUGACUGUCCUCAUCAAAGUAGGGGUGGAUCUCUACAAUCGAAUUGACUCCAUCAAGCAAUCUCCCAGUGAGCUUCAGCUACUCACCGACCAGCUUGAAGUUCUGUUGAAGGUGCUUAAGGAGUCCGAGAAUGACAUCAGGGCCGACUCGUCAGGCUUUACAAGGAUGCUGAAUAUCCUGAAAAGUAUUCAAGAAUCAUACAACAAGUGUGCAAGAAUCCUAGGCGUCGAUUUUGCUGGAACUAUAGUUGCCACUCAGAAGACAGCGAUUAAUGGUAAAAGUUUUACCAAGCGGGUGGUGAUUUUUGCUCGAAUUCCUAGUAUUCUCGACGAGAUUCGGGAUAAAGCUGCACAACUUGACAAGAUAUCUAGCAUACUGGCUAUUUCAGUCCUCUCCGAGGUCCGGAAGCACCAAAAGGAAUUGAGUGGGAAGGACUCUCAUAAGUCCCUUGUCCCAAUAGACACUACUUUGCACGAUGAGUUGCUGGCCCUGAACCUCAGCACGGGAUUCGCAAGUAUCGACCGGAUGGUGGAAAAGCUCAUGAACGAAUAUUAUCAGGCGCAGAACCCAGAAGGAGCAUCAUUUUGGAAAGAUCGAUUCCAGAAAAGCAAACUGUACGCCUCGGCUCUUCGCUAUGAGACGUUUUAUAUUUCUUGGGCAAGAUUCGUACAUGAGGUCGAAACGUCCUUCCUUCUCAAAAUGAUGCCGACUGGAAUUUUUGAAACCGGUAACAUAGAUUACAUUCGCCUACAGGGAUCUCGUUAUUCCAUCCACCAAAGUGGCACACGUUGUCUUUCCACCAUCCGGCCUCUCUGGCUACCGGCUCUUCGAUCUGCUCUUGAUCACCUGCACAAAGGCUAUGUCAAACCUGAGGAUUAUUUUGAUUUGAUACACGGCUGCUCCUUGUACGACGCACUGAGAAGGCUGGUUCUCGAAGGAGCUGGCUAUGGUACGCUUAUCGAAUGCGAAAGAGCAUCCGCUGAUCUUCCCUUACCGGCGGCAAUCGAGUCUCCUUCCGAUCAUAUCGGUUGGAUAUCUGCCCAGAUUGUGGCCGUUCCAACACCUGAUGAACUUGGAAUUAUCACCGUCCGGGAGGCCAUGGAAUCAAGUAACAAUGAUCACUUUGGUUACUUCAAUGAAUCGCCCGGAGACAAUCACGUGUAUGUUCGUUAUCUUCAAACUGGCCAAAUCGAGCGCAAGAGUCUCUCAAGGCAAGUUCGUCCGGUUGGAAGCAUUUCUGUUGGAGCUGAACUGUCCGUUCGUCGUGAUCUGGAUUCAGGCGAUUAUGCCUGGAGCUGCGAUCUUCGCAUCACCGAGUUCAAGGCAUGUCGAGGUGGAGAGUAUAUUAUUACGGCAUGUAACCGUUCCACUUCUGUUGAAUUUUCCACGAGACCUCUCAAGCAUUCGUCUGACGAUGUGUUUCAUGGAAAUGAGAACUCCUCAACUUCCGCCAUACCGGAAAUUUGCUGUACGCUUCUGGGGUCGUCGAAAGUUUUCAUUCACCCGCCGAAGGUUGGUGAGAAGGUUCAGAUCGAGUCCGAUGGGUUCUGGUACGAUUCAAGAGUUACAGCAAUGGACGGUGACGAGAUUGAGUUUGUCGAUUGGGGAAAUUUACCGAGUAACAGCGAUACCAAUAUUGAAGAAGCUGAGCAUCGCGUUGAAAUGGAAGCGGAGGAGGAUGACAGCUUCUUCUUCUCAGAAGAGCAAUUGACGCAACUCGGGAAGGGCUCACCGCGUUUCUGGAGGCCGUGGCAAAAACACGUGAACAGCGACACGAUCGAGGCACCUGUCAUGUACCCAGUUUUUAAAGCAGCGGGUCGCUCGUUUGCAUACGACUGUAUGAAAGACUAA